CUCGCUCGAGAGAGAGAGAGAGAGGGAGAGGGAGAGAUGGCUGACCGUUUCUUCCCAAACGAAAUGCCAGACUUUGUAGCUGAGGCGGCAGAGGACGAAUCAGCCUCUGGCAGAGCCAAAGACUCACUCACGAGGCUUCUCCAUCUUCCCUACAAAUCACUCUCCGAGAGGCUUCAAAAAUUAGCGCUGGACCUCAAAGAAGCGGUUGUGAGGGAGACAUGGGGACUGAGUGCAAAGCGUGUGCAUGAGUAUACUCUGUACACUAGUGCUCUUGGGACGGCUUACUUGCUUUUUAAAGCUUUCCAAGUUACCCAGAAUGAGAAUGAUCUCAAAUUGUGCUCUGAGAUUGUCAAGGCUUGUGAUUCCGCUUCUAGAGAUUCUGGGCGUGUGACAUUUAUAUGUGGAAGGGCUGGCAUUUGUGCUCUUGGGGCUGUCAUUGCAAACCAUUCUGGUGAUGAAAGGCUGCUUGAGCGCUACUUGACUAAAUUUAAAGAGAUCACACUGCCUAGUGAUUUGCCAAAUGAAUUAUUCAAUGGGAGAGCAGGGUUCUUGUGGGCCUGUUUAUUCUUAAACAAACAUAUUGGUAAAGACACGAUAUCUGUUACCCGAACUAGACCUGUUGUGGAUGACAUAAUAAAGGCUGGUAGACGACUAUCAAGCAAGGGAAAAUGUCCAUUGAUGUAUGAAUGGCAUGGGAAGAGGUACUGGGGUGCUGCCCAUGGGCUGGCUGGGAUUCUGCAUGUUUUGAUGCACAUGGAACUGAAACCAGAUGAGGUGGAGGAUGUCAAGGGCACACUAUGUUAUAUGAUAAAGAAUCGUUACCCGAGUGGGAAUUAUCCUUCAAGUGAAGGAAGUGAAUCUGACCAUCUAGUGCAUUGGUGCCAUGGUGCUCCUGGGAUUGCUCUUAUCCUUGUGAAAGCAGCUGAGGUUUAUGGAGGUAAAGAGUUUCUGCAAGCAGCUGUGGAUGCUGGAGAUGUGGUAUGGAACCGGGGUCUACUUAAGCGAGUGGGACUUUGCCAUGGCAUCAGUGGGAACACCUAUGUGUUUCUUUCUCUCUACAGAUUAACAGGGAAUGUCGAAUACUUGUACAGGGCAAAAGCAUUUACUUGCUUUUUGCUUGAUAGAGCACAAAAACUUAUAUCAGAGGGUAAGAUGCAUGGAGGUGAUCGCCCCCAUUCACUAUUUGAAGGAAUCGGAGGAAUGGCCCAUCUUUUUCUGGACAUGACUGAACCAUCUGACGCCAGGUUCCCUGCUUAUGAACUUUAAGUUGCUGUAUGUAUAAUAAAUGAGCCAAAAUACAUGUACGAGAUCGACCCGUGUGAAACUGUGACACAGUCUGUAACUAUGUACAAAUACUGAAAUACAUAGCUUCUUAUACAUUUCUAUACAUAGAGAUCAUUGUAAUACAGUUAAUAUAGUUCAAUAUAGUUAAGACAUGAGACUCUUAACGGUUUUUAUUA